GCCGCUCAGCGCCUCAGGUAGUCAGCUUCAUCUCCUCCCAGUGUUUCUUAAACCUUUCUGGGACUUUCUCCUCUCUUGCUCUUCCUUCCCCGGCGGCGACGACUGGGCGAGCGGCGGCGCCAUUUGUCCUGUCUUCGCCCAGCCCUUUGCCGGCGACGAUCGCAUCCUCCAGAAUUAUCGGGUGUACAUGCGUACACCCAUGUCCUAUGCUGGGUCCGCCCCUGCUGCAGCACCUGGUCUUUGAGCGAGCGAAGGAGCGGAGAUGCAGAGGCUGGGGGAUUUCAGGCUGCCUCCCUUCUUCAACUACCCGCCUUAUUUCACUUUGCAGCCUGUGCGUGAAACGCGGGAAAAGCAAGUCCAGUUAUGGAAAGAUCUGAUACUUGAUUACUGUAGAAGUCAAAAAAUACAUACAAUAUCCCUGGAAGAAGAUUUCCCCUUGUUCUCCAAUCCAAAGAUCGAGAGAUCUCUUAGCCAUGAAGCAAAGGAAGUGUUCCUUGCAGCUCUCGUUAGUGAAGGUCGUGCGGAGUGGAUGGACAAAGGUCACAAGAAAUGCCUCAUUCUUUGGCUAAGAAUACAGGAUUGGGCCAAUUUGAUAUUAAAUUUUGUAAAGGAUAAUGGAUUGGAAGUAAUGACCAUCGAAGAAAUACGCUCUGGAAUCGAUACUCGUGGAACUGAACUUGAGGGAAUCGAUCGUGGUGUCCUCAUGCGGGCUCUGCGGCAGUUGGAACAGAAAGGCAAAGCAGCUAUCUUCAAAGGCACUUCGGCCGAUGAUGAAGGCGUGAAAUUUUCUGUGUAAAUUUCUUUGCGAUCCUCAAACUGGCAGACCAAUAAUCUGAUCGAUCAGUCAGUGUCUUUGAACAUGACCUGAAAAAUCACACCCUUAUCGAGUACCGGUCUUUUUUUUUCUGCA